AUGAACCUGGAGGGAGUGGGAGACGAGGUAAGGUGCCGCGCUUUCCCGGUCACCUUAGCGGGGCCUGCAAUUCGGUGGUUCAAUAACCUCCCGCAGGGCUCAGUGACCAGGUUCUCGGACAUCAGCUGCGCCUUCCUAGCCCAAUUCACAACCAGAAUAGCGAAGGCAAAGCACCCAAUCAAUCUACUUGGAGUGACCCAGAGAUCCGGUGAGCCGACCAGAAAAUACCUAGACCGAUUCAACGAUGAGUGCUUGGAGAUCGACAGGCUGACGGAUUCGGUCGCAAGCUUGUGCCUGACGAACGGACUCCUAAACGAGGACUUCAGAAAGUACCUCACCACGAAGCCGGUGUGGACAAUGCAGGAGAUCUAA